AUGCAACGCCAACGGCACUUUGGAAUUUUGACCUACACCGUCAACGACCGGUUCAAAAAGAUGAUGAUCAUUCUUGUGAUCAUUUUAGUGUUGCUCGCUGCAAUCGUAAUUACGCUUCUGGUCGUUCUGCUACACCACAGAGGUUCAGAGGAUACAUCCACUACUACUAAAAUUGCCCUUAAUUCUAUUCCCACUACUAAAAUUCCUGUUACUACCCAAAAUUCAAAUCCCAACUCUAAAGGAACAACUGCGAACCCAGAAAAGACUACUGUAACUAGUGAACCCGCUGUUAAGACCCCUUAUCCGGCUCCUCCUACUGAUCCAGUUGAAACUACAGCGCCCCCGGCUCCUGACAUUCCUCGAUGUGCUCCAUCACCACCUCCUAAUCCUCCUUAUCUAUUUGCCUAUUCUAACGACUUGUCUCCAAAUGUUGUUUCACUAACAGCAGACACAUUUUUUGAUGCACUGGAUAAAGACGGUUCCUCCUAUGCGACCGUUCGGUUUGAUACAUCGCCUGAAGAUCCGGUUUAUUUUGCACCAGAUACCAGCUCGGUACACUCCAUCGUGAACGGACGUCUUCCCAACCCUGCCCUUAGCUUUAAAACCACUGCAAUUGGAAGUGACAUAAUCAAAACAAUCGAGAGAUAUUACACUUCCGCUGUGCAACACGGCUUUUCGACUUGUGGCGCCAUAAUUGUGAUUCUAUUAAAACGACUGCCAACAGAAACUGACAUCUCUGAUAUCGUAGCCAAGAUUCGAGCUAAUUCUGGUUUAGUGUUAGUGCUCACCUCUACCAGUCCAUCAGGAGGUGAUCAGCCAAAGACUGCGUAUAGGAUAGCGUCCAAAACCAAUGGCAUGGGUAUAUUUGUGGAUGAUGCAAAGUUACGUCAGCACAUCGACCGCGCACCAAUUUUCGGCGUCCGCCCGAUCUACUGUGCAAACGUUCAAGUCAGCGACCUCGACUUCUACCAAUUACCAAACUUCAAUGUACCUAGAAAUGUACCCCGACUGAACAGAGUAUCCUUCACGGUCCAGGAUCAUGGACCAAUCGACUCAUUUCAAAGACUUGAGCUGAAAUUCUCAGAUAUUACGAAUGCUACACUUGUUACAAAAAUUGCUGUGGAAGCAGAGGAUGUUCGAAAAUUGGGAUCUACUGGAUAUUCAACUUGGUUGGGUUUUGUAGCUGGCGACGAGUAUAGGACAGAGAUCGAUUGUGAUUAUACUAGCGAUGAUAUCGAAGAGCUACAGAUAAGAGUUCAGACUUAUGAGUGA